AUGAAUUUCUUUGCUUUUCUCGGAGUCCUGUUAAGCUUUUCCACUCAGUCGACCGCCCUGAUUGACUGGCCGUUUGCGGUGGACUUUCGUCAGCGGGUGCUCCAGGAAGCUAGUCCAGGGUUUGGGGUGAAUGAGCCUUUCAUUCCUACCCCUUCUCAUAUCUUGCCGGAGAAAAAAGACUUCUUCAUUGAUGAAAGGGUCAAUUACUAUGAACGCUUCUUCAAUGGCUCUCACAAUGGGGAGUAUCGAAGAUCCUCUUGUCCAGCGAUAAAUGCUUUGGCCAACAGGGGUUAUAUCAACCGAAGCGGUCGCAACGUUUCCUAUACCGACCUUGCUCACGCCGUUCGAAGGGUAUGGAACUUUGGUGACGAUAAUAGUAUGCUUGUUUUGGCCCCGACAUUCGCGAUGCAUGGCUGGCCGGAAACCAUUGAUUUGGACAACUUCAAUGACGAUCUAGUUCAGUACGUGAUCAAUUGUCCUGCCGCACCCACGCGAAAUGACCGUGCUGUGGGUGACAAUGUCAACAUUAACAUGACACUCUUUGAAUCACUUCUAUCGUUUUCCAAGGAUGGCGUGACCUUUACCUUGGAAGAUCUUGCGGAGCACCAUCACCUACGACAUAACCAGAGUAAGGCCGAAAAUCCAAGCUUUGUGUUUGGAAACCAAGGGGCGAUUUGUUCACUUGCCCAGUAUACAAAUAUGGUGGGCGUUUUGGGGAGAAAGGGUAAGCACGGAUGGACGACGCUCUACAUGGAUGAUGUGAAGACAUUUUACUUGGAUGAGGAUAUUCCCAAGAAUUACCAGCGAAGGGAAAUGGCGCACUACUCCCCGGAGUCAAACGCCUUCGUCGACCGCAUGGCGCAUCACGUUGGCUACGCUAUCCAGAGACCAUUCCCUGAAGGGGAUCAGGACCCAGGACGUGACAUCUGCCCAAUGCAGGCACGAUUCCAAAGAGCGAAGUGCGAUUGA